AUGUCUAUUCCUACUGAACAAUUUUCACACCUUGCUUUUGCCGAAGACAAUCCCGACUCACCGCUGCUGGAGGAGAUGCGGUUCAACGACACGCCCUUGGCGGAAAGGAAGAUGAUCGUCAGGGAUAUCAUUUCAUCGUUUGACGCCUACAUCCUGCCGGCAGAAUUCAAGCCCGACGUCUAUGAGAGAAUAACCGAAGAGCAAGCCAGAAGAGCACCCACUGAAUGGACCAUACGAGACGACUUACACGCUACUCUGAUGCAAUGGGGGUCCCACGACGAAACUGCAUGGACGCUGCUGCGUAGAAUUGCUCCCCGGGACCGAGCUCUCCAGUUUGGACAAAAGUUGCGGAGACGAUUCAACGAGCAGUUCGAGCGGUAUGAUGACAGAGUGCUCAAUGCACGCCGUAUGACAGCGGCAGAUCUACGGACAGAGAUCGCGGAGAUAUGCAGCCAACUCCAUGCACUUGUACGUGUUGCCACUGCCGAGGCGGAUCGAUAUAACAUCACGAUGGUUUUGCUCGAGGCUUUGGGAAAGGUCUGCGAACGGGACGAUGAGGUUGAGCCUGCUCGACGGAGCGGACGGCUGUCGAUGGAAGGGGCCGCUGAGGGUGCUGAAGUGGUUCGGACUCUUUACCGCAGCCUAAUACAGGAUGUCUCGACCGAUUUCAUGCUCGAUGCCCUUGAUAUUAUUGGGGAGAAGUGGCCGAGGACGUUGAUGACCCGCGAGGCAAGGGACCAAUUGUCGACAAUUAACGCGAUUCUGCACGAGAAGGUUGCUCCACACGAUUACCAGACCAGGUUACAGUCCCUUCUUACAGGAUAG